UGAAAAAUAAACAAUUCUAGUCUGUUCUUCCAAUUUGUUGUGUAUGACUGUAUACACUGAAAAUAGAAACCUUGAUAAUUCAGUUGUAAAUAUAAAACAGAUCUUAAAAUGAGUGAUUGGCAAUUAGAAUGUACGGAAUUAAAGCAAAGAGGUGCAUAUCUUUUGCAAUCUGGCCAAUGGUCGGAUUGUACGUUCUUGGUGGGCACGGAGCCCCAUCAAGUAGUGCUGUCUGGCCAUAAAUUGAUCUUGGCAAUGUCGUCUCCUGUAUUCGAAGCUAUGUUUUACGGCGGGAUGGCGGAGAGGAAUGAUCCUAUACCUAUUUUGGAUGUGCAAAUUGAAGCAUUUAAAGCACUACUGGAAUAUAUCUACACAGGUAAUAUUAAUAUAAGUUCAUUUGACAAAGCGUGUGAGUUGUGCUAUGGAGCUAAGAAGUACAUGCUACCUCAUCUUGUUAAGGAGUGUACCAGAUAUCUAUGGUCAGAUCUGUAUCCAAGAAAUGCUUGCAGAGCAUAUGAGUUUGCAAGGCUCUUUGAAGAAAAUGUCUUAAUGGAAAAAUGUAUACAGAUAAUUAGCACUAACACAAAAGAAGUUCUAAAUGACAACAGUUUUGAGGAAGUGGAAUUAAACACAGUUAUAACUGUAUUUUCCCUGGACCAUUUGAAUGUGGACAGCGAACUUGAUCUAUUUGAAGCAGCUGUGAGAUAUGCUAAGGCAUUAGACAAGAGGACAACAGAGAGAAGUGUCAGUCCGCCCGCAGACGUUGUAGAACCCCAGAAGAGUCCAGCACCAUCUACAUCUAAAGAUCAAUCAGAGCCAAGUACCGCUGAAGUGACAAUUGAGCCAAAGGUAGUAAACAUAGAAAGUAGUGCAGAGAACAGUCCUGUACCAGUAACAGAGGCCUGUCGGGUAGAGCCUGAUCAGCCUGAGAUUGUGUCAGAUCCAGUGCCUCCACCUGAGGAGCCUAAGAAAACGAGAGAUGGAAAAGAAAAACCGACAAUCCGCAGUGCAAUAGAAAAGAUAAGAUUCCUGACGUUGACACCUCAGCAGUUCGCUGAAGGUCCAGCCCGUUCCUCAUUACUGACAGAGUCUGAGGCAUUUGCGGUGCUCAUGAAUAUUCUAUCCAGUAACUCGGAUGUGCCAAUGCCCCGAGGAUUCUCAACCUGCAGGGUGCCCAGGAAACAGUUGAUUGGUGGUGGACCUUCUUGUAAUAUGCCAACAUUUACGGUGGACACACCCAGUCCUGUGUCCGUGGAGCAGGCCUGGAACAUGCCCAUGCCCUGCUACAUGUAUCAGCGUCCGCCACGACAUGACGCAGUGCGUCUCUCAUCAAUGGUGAACAACCAGUCCCACUCGGGUCUGGGUGUACCGGAGCCUGCGCUGGACCUCAACAAGAUCUACUGCCAGCGUCCCCUAAUACACCAUACUGACUGCAUGAACACCAGCAUCCUGGACUGUUCAGCUACAUUCAUGGUCGAUAAGAACAUCUGUCUGCUGGGUGUUCAGGUGCCAACGCAAGCUCCUAGCGAGGAGGCUGGCGGCACUAACUCUGGUGUGGUGGGUGCUGGGGGUGUGGGGGGUGCGGGUAGUGCGGGCGGCUACUGCGAGCUACUGUACGCUCAUCUGUUGGACGCUGACGGCGCUCGUCUCACAUAUACUCACUACACCGGCCGAGUACCAUACCGACAUCUUCUGGACAUCAUGUUUAACAGACCAGUAUACAUACAGAGGAAUAAGGUAUAUAAGGUGGGCAUAGUGUUCAACAAAGUUGGCUGGUACCCGAUGGGUCGGUGUGCUCAGCAAGUGGCCACUGAUUCUGUUUUCUUUAACUUCGGUGUGGGUCAAAGCAGUGACUCGGUCCGGGAUGGGUUGAUACGUUCCAUUAUAUUCACCUACUAACACGAAGUUGACAUGGAUCAAGAUGUAUUGUGGAUAUACUGAACUGUUAACACAUUUGCUGCCACCAAGUUCAUUUUCAUUCAAAAUAACAGUAGCAUGGAAUGUGUUAAGUGACAAACUAUGUUAUAAGUGUAAUUUAGUGAACUAUAAAUUUAAAAAUCGUAGUCAAAAAUUUAUAGGAAAGUUGUUUUCAUUGCUGAAACAUUCACAAAAAACUUGUUUUUAUUUCUCUAUCUCAUAGACAAA